AUGAUAAUACAUAAAAAGUAUGUACACUGAGCAUUCAUAAAAAUCAGAUAUGUGGACCCAAAGUUUAACCGGAUGGCAAUUUCAUACGAUAAUUAUGUGAAAUUCAAUAAUCUUAAGCAACUUUUUUUAGUACAAUUUAUCACGAUGUAGAUUAUUUUGGAGUAAUGGAGACUUAAAUUCAUAUUAAAAUGGUGGAAAGAGCUGCAGAGGAUUAUGCAAAAAUAAUACAAAGUGUGAAUCCGGAACGAGAAAUAAAUCCAAUUUGUACAAAUAUUGAAGAUAUGUUGACACGAUUAGAUGAAUUCGAGACCUUACUGUCGAAUAUAAAAGCAGAAACAAAUUCCAUGCUGGAAAACCAUGUCAGUGCUAUCCUUGGUUUCACAGAACAUUUUGAUGCUUUACGCAGUCGUAUCGAUAAUCUAGAAAAAUUUGUAGAAGUUGUUAAUAAUAACGUAACAGCCGUUGAAAAUUCUUUGGAUAUUGCUGAAGAGGAACUUCAUGUAACGGAUUAUAGCAUUAAAGGUCUUAUAAUCAAACCAUUACUUGCCAAAGCGAAAGCAACUACUGUCGCUGUUGAAGGUGGCGAACAAUUGCCACGAAGUAAUUUAGUAAAUGGUGAAUUCCAAAAAAUACCAAUCUUCAGUACAGACAAAUAUUUCAAAGCAUCAACAUCAGAUUUAUUAGAGGAUGAACCAAAGUGUGAUCUUAGUAAUGCAAUGUCGAACAAAAACUAGAGACUUUACAUAAUAUAUAUAUAUUUUGUAUAAAUUUUAUUGUUAAUGUA